AUGGCCUCCUCGAACACACCUUUCAACCAAGUCAAGACUUCGAAGCCUCCUGCUGUUGAGCCGCGAGCCCAGCCAUACUCACAAUCUCCCGACCUUUCGCUUGAGCCUGCCACGCUCCUCGAAUAUGUUCAAACUGCAUAUCUCAAUGCUGACGAGUGGAAGGGGCCUCUGACGAUGGCUCAAUACCUCGACAGAGAAACAUACCUGCAGGAGGUCGAGCUCACAGAAAAUGGUGGCAUCACUGGGUGGAUUCUGACUUCUGCUACCCUGCCAGUAAAUCCCGAUGGAUCUCGGCCUAUCCUUGCUUCGUGUGAGAGUAUCCAUGUACGCGGCUAUAUUGCGCGGGGAGGAAAACUUGAAAGAGUUCGUGCGCAUGGCAUUGCUUCUGUCUAUACACGGCCUGAGUACCGCGGAAAGGGUUAUGCUGGCCGCAUGAUGGCUGAUUUGGGCAAGAGACUGGAAACUUGGGGACAACCUGAACAACAAAGGAGUCCUUUCUCCGUCCUCUUCUCUGACAUUGGGCCAAACUUCUAUGCCAAACACGGCUGGAAAGUCUUCCCCAGCAACCAUAUUCAUUUGGCGCCAGUCGACCGUCUGACCUAUGACACUACAAGGACGGCUUUGCCAGUCGUUGAAGACUUGACGCUUUCGGACUUGCAGCAAAUUCCCGCAGCCGACUACCUUGAACAGCGACUUUUAGCACAAUCAAGAGACAAUCCAGACUCAACAUUCGUCUCCAUUCGUCCUGAUAUGGCGCACUUCAUAUGGCAUUUUGUGCGUGAUGAAUUCCAGACCAAGUUACUGGGGAAAGGGGACCCCAAGAUCAAGGGUGCAAUUCAUCGCGACACUGGCAUUGCCUUGGUCUGGUGUCGAGUCUACGCUGCACAAGAAAAGGACUUCCAAUUGCAUAUCCUGCACAGCAUCAUUCCGGAUUCGGUUAGGCACUCGCCAAAGGCACAAGCCGCAAUGGCAGCUUUACUCUUGAGAGCGCAACUGGAAGCGAAUCUAUAUGGUAUGACAGCCGGUGUCGAAGUAUGGGAUCCGUCUGACUUGACGAUAUCUGCGGCACAACAUUUGCGCGGAGAGGAGCAAGGCCGGGUAGAGGUUGUCACAAGAGACAAGGAACACUUAUGCAGUCUACGCUGGACUGCUAACCCCUCGGGUCAGGACCAAGACCUUGUCUGGCUAGCGAAUGAAAAAUAUGCCUGGUGUUAG